CCUAAUUUUUAUAUCUGUACUGUUCUUCAGAAAAUAUUUUAAACUGUAUCUUGUACUUGUUUCAAGAGUAGUGCUCUUUAACGCUACAUCCCUCACUUUCUUAACUUUUACUUGCUAAGAAUAACUGCUUUUAGUUACCAAAUCUGAAUUUAAUGAAGUACCAUCUAGUCACCAUCACACCUUAUGACAGGCUUGUAGGGUUUUUUCCAACUUUUAGUUUCUUCUCACCUCUCCCUUAUCCAUGCCCCACUACCCCAUUCAUCCAACCAGACGGAGUUGCUCUAUUAUGUUUUGGGAAAAAAGAAAUUCCCAAACAGCCCAACUGCCAACUUGGAGCGCUUCAUACAACGAUUUAAUGAAGUGGCCUACUGGGUGGCAACAGAACUCUGCCUGUGUGCAGACCAGGCCAAGCGAGCCCGUCUGCUGAAGAAAUUCAUUACAAUCGCCACGAUCCUAUAUAGUCACCAUAACAUGAACUCAUUCACUGCUGUGAUGUAUGGCCUGACAAACAGUGCUGUAUCAAGACUCCAUAAAACCUGGAAGAAAGUGCCAAACAAAAUGAAGAAGAGAUUCAGAAGAUAUGAGCACAUGCUGGAUCCUUUCAGUAACCAUGAGGCUAUGAGACAGGUGGUUGCCAAACUGAGCCCACCUUAUAUUCCCUAUCUCCCUCUCAUUUUAAAAGACCUGACUUUCAUCCAUGAAGGCAAUAAGAGUUACCGAAAUGGCCUGGUAAACUUUGAAAAAAUGAGUAUGAUUGCCAAAAACCUAAGAACAGUGAAAGACUGUAGGAAUCAGCCCUACUUGCCAAUUUCACCCCAAAAUAACCUCAUGGACAAAAUGUUCCUGAAGAGCCCUCUCAAACAGAAACUCACAUUUUCUGACCAGUCACUGUCAGUGGAGGGAGCUCAAAUCAUAUGCCUCUAUAUCAGAAACCUGAAAGUCAUUGAUGACCAACGGAAGCUCAGUCAGUUGUCCCGGAACAUUGAGCCCUGAUGUACCACAGGGGGCUCAGAGAAGACAGAGAAGAAUCACCACAGUGAUGUCUCAAUAUAUCAACCAGAGGCUAAGCACUGAACUCUCCUAUUUUCUUAAUAAAGUUAUAUUUUGCAUAAUCAUAAAUACAUUUUGACAUUAAUUCAAAUACCUGGAAAUGCUGGUGUGUUAGCUAGUGAAGAUGUCUGUCUAGCCUACAGCAUAUGCCAGCCUCUGCUUGAGUGCUAAUAGUGUUUUCAUAGAAGCUUCAGACUUAUUUUUAUAAAGUAUGCACAUCAAAAAUGUUUAUAGUCAUUCAACACUAAAGAACAGACCAAACAAAGAAAA